UCAUUCAUAUAUAACGUUACAGAAAAACAGUUUAUAUUUAAUUUUCAAAUCAUCUAUUGUUUGGCGAAGACAUUACACAUCAGUUUAUACAUACAUUUCCAUCAAAAAAGAUUUGGAUUCAAUUGUCGGACAAUUUUAGUGACAACACUGAUGGCUGAACCACAUCAUCACAGCGCCGGCGACUGGUGUCUCAUUGAAUCGGAUCCGGGAGUCUUUACCGAAUUGAUCCGCGGUUUUGGUGUCAAUGGUGUUCAAGUGGAAGAAUUGUAUUCAUUAAGUCCCGAUUGUUUUGUUAACUUAAAACCAAUUCACGGAUUGAUAUUCCUCUUCAAAUGGAUGCCAUCGACCGAACCGGAGGGAACUGUUGUCGAUAGUGAUAAUAUAUUCUUUGCCAAACAAGUGAUCAACAAUGCCUGCGCUACUCAGGCCAUCAUCAAUAUAUUGUUGAACUGCAAACACGACGACAUCCAAUUGGGUCAAACACUGACUGAUCUGAAAGAGUUUAUCCAGAAUUUUGAUCCGACAAUGAAAGGCCUGGCACUGAGUAACUCGGAUAUCAUUAAACAGGUCCACAAUUCGUUCGCCAGACAACAGAUGUUUGAAUUUGAAGUACAAAAGGCACAGAAAGAUGACGAUGUGUUUCAUUUUAUAUCCUAUUUGCCCAUCGAUGGCCAUCUGUACGAGUUAGAUGGUCUCAAAUCGGGACCGAUACUGUUGGGUGACAUUCCCAACGGUACCGAUUGGAUUGAUACGGCCCGACCGCACAUCGAAAAACGUAUGCAAAAGUACGCCGAAGGAGAGAUACAUUUCAAUUUGAUGGCAAUCAUUAGCGACAAGAAAAUGCUUUACGAAAAACAAUUACAGACACUUCAGUCGCAAAUUGAAAACGGAAACUCAAUGGACACCGAUUCGGCUGAGAUCGAGAUCACUCAACUAAAGUCGUUGAUUGCCGAAGAAGAGACUAAACUAAAAAGAUAUAAAAUAGAAAACAUUCGCCGCAAACAUAAUUAUUUGCCACUAAUUAUGGAGAUAUUGAAGACAUUGGCUCAAGAGGGAAGACUUACAGAAUUGGUUGAAAAGGCUAAACAAAAAGCCGUUCAAAUUAAGAAAGUCAAAGACGAAAAAAAAUCACAGAAAACAUAA